UUGAAUCCGUUAUCGUCUUCAUUUUCAUGAACAAUCGGUUCCUACCAGUAAUUUUUUCAUACUUUAUAAAAACGGCGCUAUCUGUUCAUUUAUGUGUACUCACAUGAAUGUAGCCACACAUUAGACAUGCACGGAGCCUAUCCUGCCUCUUGCUUUAUUUCCGUUCUAGCGUUUUAAAGACGCACGUCGUGUAGCCUACUAACAAACCUAAUCUCUCCCGGAAGUCGAUAUGUGUGGAUAUCUUUUUUUUUUUUUCUUUUUUAAUUGAUCUACCGAGGAUUAGCGGAUGGAUGACAUUUCUCCUUUUUGUGGCAAUACCGCCAGUUUAUCGUCCCGAUGUCACUCGGUGCUGCGCAGGCUGUUAUUCCUGAUGGUAGCGCUUCUGCGCACAGAUGUAAUAGCUCUCCAGGUGAUUGGUGGAAACGUAACAGUGGUUCAAGGAGGUACUGCUAUCCUACCGUGUCAUGUCAUUGAUACCAAUGAUGACCUGACACAGAUUACCUGGCAGAGGAGGACGAGAGAAAAACCUCGCAAUGACAAUUUCCUAACUAUCUUACCCAGAGAGGGACCACAGUUUGUCAAUGGAGGUGAUGAUCGAUUUAAAUAUAUCGGGAAUUUUUAUGACAAUAAUGGAACUCUCCAGUUUUCCAAUGUUGCCUUGAAGGAUGAAGGCAGCUACACGUGCAUCUUCACCUUUUUUCCCAGUGGAAAUCAGAAGACAGAGAUACCUCUAAACUUGCUUGUGCCUCCUUUCACAAACAUCAAGGACAGUCUUCCCACUUUGGGCACAGAAGAGGUUUUAUUUGCUACCUGCACGGCUGCUGGAUCGAAGCCUCCUGCAGAGGUGAGGUGGCUCACUGGUGCUUUGGGAGACAAAGUGAGGACGACAACAAACUCCACUCAGUAUGACAACGGCACGACUACCACAGUCAGCUCUCUAUUUGGUGUACCUACGAGAGAGAUUAACGGUCACCAGGUCCAGUGUGUCAUCAGUGGUGACUCCCUGUCUAAAGAAGAAACCCUGCCCUUCACCAUACAGGUCUACUUUGCCCCCACAGAAGUGAAGAUUAGAGCGAUUUCAGAGGACUCGUUUGAGUGUUUGUCAGAAGCCAACCCAAACGCUAAAUUUACCUGGAGCAGACCAUCUGAGCACCUGAGCAUUGUAUGGACCACGGACCAAAUCCAGCUUGUUGGUUCUCCGUGACCAGCCAACGUGACAUCAAUGGGAAAUUGGGAUUCAAACAUAAACAAAUAUACGUCGUGCCAUUUUUGUGCCAAAUCUGUCACGCUUCUGGGUUUUCGAUCCAGCAUUUUGAGUUUUUGUUGUUAUUGUUUUUGUCCAGCAUUAUUUUUGUACUUAGCUCAAGUUCAGCAAUAAAACUGCCUUUUAGUUUCCCCCCUAUUUCUGAGUCAUGCACAUGGGUCCUACUCUGUUUGCCACACAGCUCCCUUUACAAAAAUCGCAAUACAAAUUUCUUGCUUUAGUUUUUUUUUGUCUAAAUAAAUACACGUGGAUGAGUGACUGCAGCUAUGUUGUAUGUAUAAGUAUUUUGAAAACAAUGCUUGGUUAGAACUGACAUUUAUAAAAGAUGACUGUGCACAUUUACACACAGUCACACACACAAAAAAAAUCACUGCUGAAUUUUUAUUCUUCUCUCAAAGAGGAGAAAUUUCCGCGCACAGAGAGAGCAGCUCAGGAAAAUUGUGGUUUUCUUUGGCAGGUUUAAUAAACUGAAACACAAAAGCUCUCACAGUAACAAUCACCUGUCCACUGUCCAUCAGUUUCAUCUCAGACAUUGGCAUUUUUUAAGGCCAAAACAGUAAAUUUCUCUCAAUAAACAAAUGGAAAAAAAAAAUCAGAAAUGAUGGAUGAAGUCAAUGAAUUCGUAGCAAAAUAACAAUAUCAUAUCGAUAUCAUAUAUCUUUCAUCUUUCACCAUCUUUCAUGGUGAAAUAUGUGUCUAAGGGUACAUCUUUCAAUGAUCAAUCAUCAAUGGUCUUUGAUUAGUGGUUGUUGAUCAAUGGUUAUGACAAUUUGCAUAUUAAUGAUCAAGGAACUGACCUCACAGCCCUUUGUUCAUUCAGUGGACUAGUUUCAGUAAUUAUGCAAAUAUACUGUUUAUAAGGUUGGGGAAACCUGCAGUCAGCUGAGACUCAUCAAAGUCACUUUGAUGAGUAAUGAAACAUUCCUCCACUGAAAACGCUGUGUCCAGAUGAACAGAAUCAACUUUUUGGGAUAAAAUAAUGAUGUAAAUAUGUAUUAAAGAUAAAUUCUAACAAGACUGCCCCUUUACACUUUUUAAGGUACAAAUCCAUAAGCCAACUGAAAGCCCCAUGUCCCUCCUCAGUAUCCUUCACAGGUGUGAUAUUAGACAGGAACGGUCUUUCUCUCUUGUACCCAUUUCAGGGAUCCCAAGAGGGUGAGAAUGCUCUGUCACUCUUCUAAUAAUAGUUACUGGAACUAUACAGGCCAUUCGCUUAAAUCAUCAGGAAAGUGUAAUAUGAGGUCAAUGGGAGAUGCCUGAUCACAUAAUUGUUACAGAAGGAAAGAAAACAGAACCUAUGAGAGGAAAUCUAUUCCAGAAUCUUCCUCCAGGUUUCCUAGACUCUCAUCCUCACUUUCCUAGUCGUCCACAUUGCCCCCAACAAUGGCAUCUGAAGCUAUGUUAUUACACCCUAUGAGGCACCAUUUUUAAUAUAGUGAAUAUUUGCUUAACUGUUUUAUUUAAAUUCUUUUUAAAUUUUUAAACAAGUCAAAGUCUCUUUUCCUAGACACAAAACUUAUUUUCUGUGAAAUUUUUCCGCUAGCCUGGUAUUGCAUGAGUGUGGCAGUCUCUUUUAACAUUAUUCCAGUACCAUCCUACAUGUAAAAUUAAAAGUGUGUCAGCUCACUGCUGACACACCUUUAAAUUAAAAGUGUGAUCAGCAGUGAUACACUAAAGACAACAAUGCAAAAAAUGUUCAGAAAUAAAAAUGCAAAAUAAAUAAAAAUUACAAUGUUGACCCUUUGUCUGAAUUAAAUUUUAACUGUUGUUAUCAAAUGUGUUGGAGUAAAGAGUCAAAGAGUACAUUUCCACUGCAGUGAAGUACUAAAUACAGCAGCAUAAAAAAAAGCAACAAAAACUCAAAUUUACAAUAAUAGAAUUUGUCUACAUGUGUUGACUGAUUCUGUAAUAGUUGAUAAAAAAUGUAAAAAAAAACAACAACAACAACAACAAAAAAACAGCAUUUAAGCUCCAUCUCGAUUAUUUUAAAGUGCGUUAUUGUUUUUGAGAGUGAACUUACAAAUAACAUGAA